GCGUCGAGCAAUCAGUCAGUGGUUCAUCACCGAUCGGCCUGGCCACUCUUGUGCAGUUCGGGUGCGCAGUUCAGGUUCUGGUGUGCGGGUGGCUUGGGGACUUGGUCGUUUCUCUGCAAGCGCGUGGGUAGCCGCCGUCGAUCAGUGCUGCCAACCUGUGUGCCACACGUGCGGGUGUAUUUUAGUUGUUUUGAUUGUGCGACCUGUGGAUUCUGCAUUUCCGAUUGUUAACCAUUUCGGCUCUUCGGGUCUUCGGGAAUGAGCUGAUAGUGUACCAGUAGUAAAUAAAAAGUGCAGUUCAGAGAACUUUAGCGUAAAUAGUUUGAUUUGUAUACACCACGCAAGAUGGCUGACACAAAGGUCGAGGGCCAUUGUUUGGACAGCACGCUGCUCAACCGCCACGGAGAUGAAGCCAUUGAACUGCCAACGAUCACCAGCAAUACCACUAGUCAGGCAGCGGCGAAGCAUGCCCUGCCGGAGCGCGGCUCCUGGGGCACCAAGCUAGACUUCAUCCUCUCCGUCGUUGGGCUCGCCAUUGGUUUAGGCAACGUGUGGCGGUUUCCGUAUCUAUGCUAUAAAAAUGGCGGCGGUGCAUUCUUAGUACCCUACUUUAUCACCCUAAUUCUUGCUGGUAUUCCCAUGUUCUUUCUUGAGUUAGCUCUGGGACAAAUGAUGACCAUUGGUGGUCUAGGCGUAUUCAAAAUUGCACCCAUCUUCAAAGGUAUUGGUUAUGCGGCGGCAGUAAUGUCCUGCUGGAUGAACAUCUACUACAUCGUCAUCUUAGCAUGGGCGAUAUUCUACUUCUUCAUGUCCCUUCGUUCGGAUGUCCCUUGGAGGACAUGCAACAAUUACUGGAAUACUAAAUUCUGUGUCAACCCCUACGACCGUAAAGCGCUGAAUUGUUGGGAGCAAUACAAUGCCAACAACACAUUCACCAAAAUGUGUGCAAUUAACUCCUACAAUGUUUCUCUGAGCGAACUGACUGACCCCGUCAAGGAAUUCUGGGAGCGUCGUGCUUUGAUGAUUUCGGAUGGUAUUGAACACGUUGGUGGAAUCCGUUGGGAACUCGCCGGAACCCUCUUACUGGUCUGGAUCAUCUGCUACUUCUGUAUCUGGAAGGGUGUCAAAUGGACCGGCAAGGUUGUCUACUUCACUGCCCUCUUCCCCUACGUCCUGUUGACAGUUCUAUUAAUCCGUGGCAUUACCCUACCUGGUGCAAUGGAAGGAAUCAAAUUCUACGUCAUGCCCAACAUGUCAAAACUCCGCGAAUCAGAGGUGUGGAUUGAUGCAGUGACACAAAUCUUCUUCUCGUAUGGUUUGGGUCUGGGCACGCUGGUGGCGUUGGGAAGCUAUAACAAAUUCACCAAUAACGUUUACAAGGACGCGUUAAUCGUGUGCUCGGUGAAUUCAAGCACGAGCAUGUUCGCUGGCUUCGUAAUCUUCUCCGUCGUCGGAUUCAUGGCUCACGAACAGCAGAAACCUGUUGCUGAGGUGGCCGUAUCAGGUCCUGGAUUAGCUUUCUUGGCGUAUCCAUCGGCGGUGUUGCAACUGCCCGGGUCGCCAGUAUGGGCCUGCUUGUUCUUCUUUAUGAUAUUGCUCAUUGGGUUGGACUCGCAGUUCUGUACAAUGGAAGGUUUUGUUACUGCCAUUAUCGACGAAUGGCCGCAUCUACUUCGUAAGAGGAAAGAAUUGUUCAUUGCGUUUGUUUGCUUCAUCUCGUAUCUUGUUGGCUUAACUUGUAUAACAGAGGGUGGAAUGUACGUGUUCCAAAUUUUGGACUCCUAUGCCGUGAGUGGUUUCUGUCUACUUUUCUUGAUCUUCUUCGAAUGUAUCGCUGUUUCCUGGGCGUUUGGUUGUGACCGGUUCUAUGAUGGUAUCAAGGAGAUGAUCGGAUACUACCCGAUGAAGUGGUGGAAGUUCUGCUGGACCUUCACAACUCCAGUUAUUUGUAUCGGUGUAUUCAUUUUCAACAUUAUCCAAUGGACCCCUGUGAAAUACCUCAACUACGAGUUCCCUCUGUGGGCGCAUCUGCUCGGCUGGUUCACAGCUCUCACGUCAAUGUUGUGCAUUCCCGGUUACAUGGUCUGGAUCUGGUAUGCAACACCUGGAGACAGGGAAACGAAAAUUCGUCUUCUCAUCCGAAUCGAUGACGACGUGCCAGCGGUGCGAGCAAAGAUGGUGGCGGAAGCACAAGCGCAAGCGGCCGCGGCAGCCAAAGUUUAAACAAUCUCUCGUCUGCCAGAGGCGUUUAUUUAUUUUGUAAUAAGUUACAUCCAACAGCGAAGCAAUAUUGUUUCACACCGUCACAGAACUAAAACAAUCCGAGAGCCUGAAUCUGGUACAAUUCAUUUAUAGCCGUCGUAUCGAACGCGACACUUCUCAAAACACAUAUUAAUCACCUCUGUCAAACUAAUAACAAUGCACACACCAUUUACUUGUAGAUGUUAGCAGCAUAUGUCUAUUUAUCAUCUCCCGGUGAAGUCGGACGAUCACGUAAUUGUAAUUGUAUUUCGCUUUUUGUUUACUAACUUAUUUUAUUAUUGAAAGGACCAGAGAGUAAUCUAACGUUUAUAAAUAUUAAGCUAGUUAAGGUUUAAAUUAAUGUUCAAAAGCGUAGCGUGCUAGCGAGAUUACCGUAGGAUUUAGUUGGAACUUGUUUAGCUUAUUCUACCUUAGGCAAUUUAAGGACUCGUUUCGGGGAUUUAAAGUUUCACGACAAUAAUGUAUAUUUGCUUAAUGUUUUGAAAUAAAAUAAUACUUCUAUCCUA